CAACACAUUUUCUUGAGAACACACGCAUUUGUAACCUUUGAUGAGGAGCACCCGGAGUUCGCUUUUAUGAAUGAGGUUCAACAUGUUGACCAGUAUAACCGAUGGGAUCAUGUGCUGCAUCACGGGCAGGGCGCUGAACGUGGUGGGAGCCAUCGACAGCGUGGAGUCCAGUGACGGCUAUGACUACAUCGAGGUGAAACCAGGCCGGAUCCUGCGAGUCAAACACAUCGUGCCAGGCCGGAGCCCAGCGGAGCAGGAGGAGGAGAGCGUGGUGGCGGAGGAGGGAGGCGAGGGAGAGGAGAUGUCCGGUAAAGGGGUGGUGCACUGCAAGCGUAAGAUCUCUGUCUACCGCAACGGCCAGGUGGUGAUUGAGAACCUCGGCGAUGUGAUCCGCUCGGAGAUCCUGCACUGCCAGAAUGGCAACACCGAGCCUGGCAGCACAGUGGAGAUCGAGCUCUCCGACGCCAACGUCGCCUCACCCCAGGCCAACGGUGCCGUCCCGGAGCAGGGCACAGUGAAGCGGCGCAAGCGCAAGCCGAAGAAAACGGUGGUGAUCGACUGCAAGAAGCGGAUCACCAGCUGCAAGGGGAGCCACUCGGACGUGGCACUGUUCUUCAUCCAUGGCGUCGGUGGCUCCCUAGACAUUUGGAAGGAGCAGCUGGACUUCUUUGGCAAGUUGGGAUACGAGGUGGUGGCCCCAGACCUUGCUGGGCAUGGCUCCAGCACCGCGCCAAAGAUCGGAGCUGCCUACACUUUCUAUGCCCUCGCUGAGGACAUGAGGGCCAUCUUUAGGCGCUACGGCAAGAAACGUAACAUCCUGAUCGGACACUCUUAUGGGGUCUCAUUCUGCACGUUUCUGGCUCACGAGUAUCCGGAUCAAGUCCACAAGGUGGUGAUGAUCAAUGGAGGAGGUCCGACUGCACUGGAACCCAGUUUGUGCUCCAUCUUCAACCUGCCCACCUGUGUCCUACACUGCCUCUCGCCCUGUCUCGCGUGGAGCUUCCUCAAAGCGGCAUUUGCCCGACAGGGAGCGAAAGAGAAACAGUUGUUGAAGGAGGGGAAUGCUUUCAAGGUGACCUCCUUCGUGUUGCAGGCGAUGAUGAGUGGGCAGUACUGGCCCGAGGGUGAUGAGGUCUACCACGCUGAACUGACAGUGCCUGUCCUGCUAGUGCAUGGAAUGCAUGACAAAUUUGUCCCUGUGGAUGAAGACCAGCGUAUGGCUGAGAUCUUGCUGAUUGCGUUCCUGAAGGUCAUCGAUGAGGGGAGUCACAUGGUUAUGAUGGAGUGCCCAGAAACUGUGAACACAUUACUGCAUGAGUUCCUGCUUUGGGAACCAGAGAUUACUGCGACUGAACAAGUAGAAGCAAAACAGACAACAGAAAAUAAAUAAAGCAGCACAGACGGUAUAAUGAUUUUUCUUCGGACUUUGAGAAAAGUGCCGAUUGAGGGAAUCUGUCCAAGAUUCUAAAUGGUUUGCAGCCAUUUGAGGUGGUCAAGAGGAUUUAACUUGCGUCUGGGCCUUACCUGGGGUUCCACAUGACGACACAGAGAGUGAAACCUGUACAAUGUAUAUUUCGA